AGGACCCAGGCGUGUGUGCGCGCGCACAGAGACACACAGGACGAGGACGAUAACGGAGGCUGCUGCAGCUAAGAAGAGCUGGUGCCUCAAAGCCAAGGAAUCGGGCCAGCAGAGAGAAAGAGAGAGAGAGAGAGAGAGAGAGAGAGAGAGACUGAGCAGGCAAGGCAGUGGGGCUGUCCAGGUUUGGUGAUGGCGUUGGUCGGCCUGCAGCUGGUGGGCUACGUCCUGGGGCUGCUGGGCUUGGUGGGCACCUUGAUCGCCACCCUCCUGCCCGGCUGGAGGACCAGCUCCUACAUUGGCUCCAGCAUCGUCACGGCCGUGGGCUUCUCCAAGGGCCUCUGGAUGGAGUGUGCCACCUACAGCACGGGCAUGACCCAGUGUGACAUCUACAGCUCCCUGCUGAACCUGCCGGCCGACCUCCAGGCAGCCCAGGCCCUGAUGUGCUCCUCCGUGGCCGUCUCCUUGCUGGCCUCGGUCGUCUCGGUCGGGGGGAUGAGGUGCACCGUCUUCUCCCAGGGCUCUCCGGCCAAGGACAAGGUGGCAGUGGCUGGGGGGGCUGCUUUUGCCCUUGGGGGCCUCCUCUGCUUCAUCCCCAUUGUCUGGAACAUCCACGUGGUGCUGCAGAACUUCUACAACCCUCUCGUCCCGGACAGCAUGAAGUUUGAACUCGGGGAGGCCUUGUACCUCGGCAUCCUCUCCUCCCUGUUCUCCAUCGCUGGGGGUGGCAUCCUCUGCUCCUCCUGUCCUCCCCGGGAUCGACCGGUGCCCCACUACAGCCCUUACCACUCACAGACGGUGGUGAGCCGGAGCCCCCCAGCGGCGGCAGCCCCUCCGCCCAAGGCGAAGAGCGAGUUCAACUCCUACAACCUGACGGGUUAUGUGUGAUGGCCGAGGGACUCCGCAUGGCCACCUACCGCAGCUUGCGCCUGGGGAGGGGUGGGAGGGGUGGGGGGCCACAGCCCUUUGGGCAGAGGGCUUAAUGCACAAGCAAGGGGCGGGCAGGCUCCUCCCUGCUCUGCUGGCGCCUCCAUCCUGACGGAAGCUCACAUCUGCCCCAGGACUGGCCAAGCGCAGCUUCCAGACCGGUAGAUGAUGGCAAUCUCUCUGCAGACCUCAGGGGUGAAAUGGACCUGGAGAAAGCCUGGCCAUAUCCCGGUGGACUGAGCAAGACAUCAGCUGCCACUUGUAUCUCCAAGACAUCCAGCUACUAGUCCUCACUGUGAAGCCAACUACGACCUGUGUGAAGAACCUGCCAAAGCCCAGCUGACCCCUGCUCCAUCUGCCUAGAUCUGACCCCCUCCCCGAUGGAGUACAAUGGCUGAGUAGAGGAAACUGAAAGCGGGGGGGGGACAUGGAGAGGGGAAAGGGAUUUGGGGGUUACUCCCACUGUCUCUUUGGAAGAAGCUGUAGAAAUUUGGCAGGUGGGGAUAGCUGGUUUCCUGGCUGCUACUGGCAUAUCCCGGAGCCCAGGAAUAAAGGCUGGCUGGCCCUCGGCAGGGCUGGAGGUGCAACAGGCCUGCUGGGCCUGAGGACGUGAACUGGAGCCGGCCAAGUGGAGUUUGGCCCCUCUUGCUGGGAGGGGGAUGCUGAGCAGCCCUUCGCUGAGGUCACCGUGCUGGUUGUGCCGGCCCCACGGGGGCACCAGGCACUUCCAGGGCAGCUUGCUUCAGAGAGGACAGGAAAAGGCACGGUGGGGUGGUGUGGUCAGCUCCCCUUCCCCCCCCCGCCCCUUUGGGUUUGAAGGGCUGCUGCCUGCAGGCGGGGUGGGAACACUCUGGUCUUGGCAGAUGAUGACAGGGCACCACAAUAAACAGCCAGAAAGGAC